UGAAAAGCACCUGCAUGAUUUCUUUUUCUUAACUUCCUAUUUUGAAACAAAAUUUUACCGUACCUAUCAGUCUCAAUAGCUAAGGGGGCUUAGAGUCGUAUUCUUUAUCAAAUCUCUUUCGAAUGAAAGAAGAGUGACAAGUACAAUAUUUGUCUGCUCUAAUAUUGGAAAGGAAGAAAGCGUCGUUACUCCAGGUAAGAGUAUAUUUCCUGAGUCUCCUCUUCCUACAAUUGCCUGAUAUGAAAAGAUAAAAAAAUACGACUUCUUUGCAGUACUCCGAUAACAACAAGUCUUUUCUAGCUUUCUUCUCCGACUAACCAUUGAUCGAGAAAUGUUUCGCUAUACGUUAAUGCCUCCUCAGAUCAUAUAUCUGAUGCUAUUAUGAUCACAACCGGACUGUUCAUGUCACUCUUUUUGGCAGAAAUAAGGAGUUAUUCUGGUAUGUAUGUUUAUUUGAUCUUUUAGUAAUUUUUUAGUAGCUUUUCACGCGCUGUUUGCUCAUCAAAAGAAUGGGCGAUGAGAGUAUUUUUUUUUAACCUUUCGUAUUAUGUGAAGAAUAAUCUAUAUACCAAGCCUCGUUCAAUAAUUGUUAAACAGCUUUAGAUAUCAACUAAUUACAUUGCUCAAAACACCAAGAUCACUGACUGUGAAUAUGGUAAUAAAAUAAGCACUAGUUUCGGUUUUUGUGAUAUCCAGAAUUAUCUCAGUCUUGGUAAACGUAAGUUGUUGUUGUUUUAACUAAUAUUUGCCUUAAACAAAAAUAAUUACAAAUAUUAUUUGUAACUAUUUAAGCCAUUUUCUAUUUUCACAGCGGGCUGAAAGUAAAAAGCUAAAAUAAUAAAAGAAAGGAAAGAAAAAAGAAAGAAACUAAAUUAAAAGGAAAAAGACGCUAACCUAAUGAUCACGAGUCAGUGAAACAGUACAGCAGUACAAGUCAGACCUUGAUUCCGGAUAUCAUGAUCACAAUAACCGCAUCCAUUAAUUGUUUAUUUAUUUAUUAUACAUCGAAGUUAUUUCUCCGUUUGUGAUUGGCCCAAAUCCCACAGUUAUUUCUUCAUAACCAGCUAGCGUUGACCAGAUGUGGAAGAUGUUUGCGAUAUCCGGAAAAGUGACUUCAAUAGUACAUAGUAAUCGCCAGAAAAGGAACGGCAACCGAGAAGCCCUGGGAAGAGUUUGAGUUGUUUUUGUAGAGCUUAUAUAUAAUAAAACUGUAUGAAAUGGAGGCACAUUUCACACAUUUCGCGAAGAAGAAAUAGCCGAACUACUACCUAAAAACAUAGCAAGAAUUAUGCAAGAAUACAACUAAACGGAUGACAUCUGCUAUUGAAAGAAUAUCUGCCAAACUACUGAAACAUUCUUCUGUAAGACAGGCACCUAACAUGUACAUCGAUCGAGUUAAGCAUUUUUAGUUUGUUUUAAGAGCUUUUUUUAAAUGCUUAAAGGAAUUAUUUUGAAGGAACAAUAAAACGAUUAUUGGAUUUGGUAUUAGUGAUAAUUCUUAAGAUCGUGAAAGGUUUGAACCCGAGAGUCAUUUCACAAGUAGGUUGAGUUUGAUCAUCCGGGUGAACGUAGUCCUGAAAAGGACUGUUGUUGUUGACAGUGACUGUCAACAACAACAGAUGACAUCUACUAUUUAAAGAAUAUCUGCCAGACUACUGAAACAUUCCAUAGUACACUACUCCGAAGUUGUCGAGAAACACUGGGGCAAACGAAGACCGGCACCUAAAAUGUAGAUCGAUCAAGUUAAGUAUUUUUAGCUUGUUUGAAGGGUUUUUUUUAAGGAAUUAUUUUAAAGGAAAAAUGAAACGACUAUUGGAGUCGGUCUUAGUGAUAAUUCUUAAGAUCAUACUCAGCCUCAUCCAGUAAUUUUUCAUCACUGUUUAAGUCACAUACAAGUGUCACAGAUGCCUCAAUUUUAUCCUUUUUAGCUUUGGAAUGCCCUGAAAAGUGGAGCGAAUUUGAAGGCUUUUGCUACAAGGUUGUGGAUAGGUUAGGUUAUCCGCGGAGAUUUGCCUGGUCAACAGCUUUAAGAGGGUGUAUUGGGUUUGGAGGAGACCUGGUAAGCAUAUCCAAUGAAAAAGAAAUGAAGUUUGUUCAUAACUUGUCUUUCAAAGACACAGACCGCACUUCUGUGUGGAUUGGGUUGGCGUUUCGGCAUCAAACGGGCGGAUAUGUAUGGAACAAUGGGGAAUUGUUUAACAGUUCUGUUUCCGUCAAGUGGAUCGGCAACAUGUCAAGACGUUUUUAUGAAGAUGAAUGCGUCGAAAUCUUGAAAAAUGGCUGGAAACUCUCGAAAUGUUGCAAGGAAAACGAAUAUUUCAUCUGUGAGAGACCCAAAGGUGAGUUGUUCCUGUAG